AGGCGAUUAUUUUCUUGAACUUAUUGAAAUUGUUGUUAAGUUAACAAUUGACAAUUAAACGAUUAGGGCACAUGCUCCGCAUGGAAGUAAAUAGCUCAAAUUCUCAGUGAGUUAAAAAGUCAAUUUUGGUCCAACCUAUCGAUGAAAUUCCAAAUUGUAUACACAGUGCAAAUUCUCAGUUACUAAGAUGAAAAGUCGUUUGAAGAAAUCAAAAAAGAAUAGUAGUAGUAUGAGCAAUCACAGCUACAGCAACAAUAACAACAGCAGCGGCAAUUGUAAAGCUGAUGUUGCAGUUGCAAGCAGCAGCAGUAAAUCGAAGAUUCCGGUACAGAUCUUUGGAUUAGUAUCGAAAGAUCGACCCUGGCCGCGCAAGGAACGCCAUUGUGUAUUCUAUAGCACAGACUGUGAUAAAACGGCGCUGAUAAACAAUUUCCAGAAACGAGGCUGGCAGAAAGUGCCAGCCUUUGAUGGUGAAUGGAAUCUGUAUUGGGCAUGCUCCCAGAAUUGUCGCUACAUAUUUGGAGUCGAUCAUCCCUAUCGCAUGCGAUCCGAUCAAAUGAUCAAUCAUUUUCCCAAUUCGAUGGAACUGUCACGCAAGGAUCUGCUGGUGAAGAACAUAAAGCGAUAUCGCAAGGAUUUGGAACGCAAAGGCGAUGCACUGGCCGAGACACUACCAAUCCAUACAAAACUCGGAAUUGGUGGUACACGCUAUAUGCAUUUGGAUAUAAUUCCAAUGACCUUUGUACUGCCCUCCGAUUACAAUCUGUUUGUGGAGCAAUUUCAUAAAAAUCCGGCCAGCACAUGGAUCGUUAAGCCCUCGGAUAAGUCACAGGGUGUUGGCAUCUAUUUGAUAAACAAACUGUCCAAGCUUAAAAGAUUUGCAUACGAGGCGCGCACCUUCUAUCCGCAUUUCCAUCGCGACACGUGUGUCAUCUCCAAGUAUAUCGAUAACCCACUGCUCAUUGGUGGCAAGAAGUUUGAUCUGAGACUUUACGUACUGGUCACCACAUUUAACCCCAUCAAGGCGUAUCUGUAUAACGAGGGCUUCUGUCGCUUUUGUACCCAGAGAUACGAUCAAACUGAGAUCGAUAAUGUUUUCAUGCAUCUCACAAAUGUUAGCAUACAGAAGAAUAAUAAAGAGUAUAAUACUAUACACGGUGGCAAAUGGUCGAUGCAGAACCUUUGCCUCUAUUUGGAUAGCAUACGGGGGGAAGGAGUUUCCGAGCAACUCUAUCGGCGCAUUAAGGAGACCAUACGUCACUCUCUGGACGCUGUUGCGCCAGUGAUGGCAAAUGAUCGACAUUGCUUUGAGGUCUAUGGCUAUGACAUUAUUAUCGAUAACAAUCUAAAGCCUUGGCUUAUCGAGAUCAACACAUCCCCAUCGAUACAUUCAACCACCAAAAACGAUUGCACACUGAAGACGCGACUUAUUGAUAAUGUUUUAGAUGUUGUAAUACCGCCCAGUGGAAUGCCCGAUGAACGCUGGUCCAAAACACCCAGCAAGGAGUCCCUGAAGAACUUUACGCUACUGACUCCAGUUGUGCUGCCCAAGACACGAACGCCAACAGCCGCUACAGCAGCUGCAACAUCAACAACAACAAGAGCGACGGUAGCAACAAGAACAUUUAGUCAAAGGAGGGCCAAGAAUCUGGUAAAGCGUUUAGUGGUCGCUGCAAUGCCAAUUACAGCACACAGUCCAAAACUAUCGAAGAAGAUGGCGCAGUUGAAAAAGUCAACCGAUUGCAAGAAAUUAAAAUCGUUAACAAAACGUGGCGUUCAAAUUGCAGGGUUAUCGAAACGUGUGUCGAAAUAAAUGAUCAUUUAUCAGAUUAA